UCUUAGUUACAGUCAUCUCUACUUUUGGCUCUCUGGUUUUAAAGAUGUAUAUACAAUUUCCAUUGACCAUGGGUAUGACAAACUAAAUUUUAUUCAUCAAUAACAUUUCCCAACUUAUUAUUGUUCCCUUCCCCAAUUCAAGGAAAAAAAACAGAGAAGAGAAACGAAUUAUUCCCAUGGCUUCCUCCAUUACCAAACCCAAAAUAUUCUCCUCCUUGUUCGUGAUCUCCCCAUCAUCUACUUCACAACCAUCAAAAUCAAAAAACUCUCUCUCUUUCCUCGACAACGCCUCCAAUUCAAGACCCAUAGGAACUCUGAUCUCACGCAAUAACCAUGUCUCCCAACGAAGUUGCCCAAUCAAGAGCGUCCUCGAAGCGGCAACGGCAACGGCAACGGAAAUCGACAAGAAGCCUCAAAACGACACCGCCUCGGAGUUCCCGAGGCCGAGGAUCUUGGUCUCCGAGAAGCUCGGAGAGGCCGGCCUGGAAGUUCUGCGCGGGUUCGGCGACGUGGAGUGCGCGUACGAGCUGUCGUCGGACGAGCUGUGCGCGAAGAUCUCGGUGUGCGACGCGCUGAUCGUGCGGAGCGGGACGAAGGUGAGCCGCGGGGUGUUCGAGGCGGCGAAGGGAAAGCUGAAGGUCGUUGGAAGGGCCGGCGUCGGCAUCGACAAUGUGGAUCUGGCCGCCGCCACCGAGUUCGGCUGUUUGGUCGUUAACGCUCCGACCGCUAACACCGUCGCCGCCGCCGAGCAUGGGAUCGCGCUGCUUGCUGCCAUGGCAAGGAACGUUGCGCAGGCAGAUGCCUCCAUCAAAGCUGGAAUUAGACGUAGGGUCCGCAAGAUGCGAUCCAGACUAUCAGGAAAAUGGCAAAGAAACAAGUAUGUUGGUGUGUCCUUAGUUGGAAAGACGUUAGCAGUCAUGGGGUUUGGAAAAGUGGGAUCGGAAGUAGCCAGGCGCGCCAAGGGGCUUGGAAUGCACGUAAUUGCGCAUGACCCCUAUGCGGCUGCGGACAGAGCGCGUGGCGUCGGGGUGGAAUUGGUGCCGUUUGAGCAGGCCAUUGCCACGGCUGACUUCAUAUCUCUGCACAUGCCGCUCACUCCCGCGACGUCAAAGCUCUUCAAUGAUGAGACGUUUGCAAAGAUGAAAAAGGGUGUUCGCAUUGUUAAUGUUGCUAGGGGUGGCGUUAUUGAUGAAGAUGCUUUGGUUAGGGCCCUUGAUACCGGAGUUGUUGCUCAGGCAGCACUUGAUGUAUUCACAGAGGAGCCUCCACCUAAAGACAGCAAGCUAGUGCAACAUGAGAAUGUCAUUGUCACUCCUCAUCUUGGAGCUAGCACAAAAGAAGCACAGGAAGGCGUAGCCAUUGAAAUAGCUGAAGCUGUAGUUGGAGCUCUAAAAGGUGAACUUUCUGCCACUGCAGUCAACGCACCGAUGGUCCCACCUGAGGUUCUGUCCGAGUUAGCUCCAUAUGUAACUCUAGCAGAGAAGCUAGGUAAGUUAGGAGUGCAAUUGGUAGCUGGAGGAAGCGGAAUCAAAUCCGUGAAGGUUGUCUACAAAACAGCCCGAGACCCGGAUGACUUAGACACCAGGCUUCUCCGCGCCAUGAUCACCAAGGGUAUUAUCGAGCCCAUUUCUGCCUCAAUCAUCAAUUUGGUCAAUGCAGAUUUCACCGCCAAGCAAAAAGGACUCCGCAUAAGCGAAGAGCGGGUGGUGGUCGACGCGUCACCGGAGUUCCCCGUCGACUCGAUUGAGGUACAAAUCUCAGGCGUCGAGUCUAAAUUCGCAAGCUCGGUUUCGGAGACCGGAGACAUAAGCAUUGAAGGGAAGGUCAAAUAUGGUGUGCCUUACUUGAGAUGUGUGGGAGGUUUUAGCGUUGAUGUGAGCCUUGAAGGGAAUCUCAUAUUGUGCAGACAAGUGGACCAACCGGGCAUGAUUGGCCGAGUUGGCAACAUUCUUGGGGAGCAGAAUGUGAAUGUGAGCUUCAUGAGUGUGGGAAGAACUGCGCAGAGGAAAAAGGCAAUUAUGGCAAUUGGUGUGGAUGAGGAGCCAAACAAGGAAACCUUAACCAAAAUAGGACAAGUUCCCGCUAUUGAAGAGUUUGUCUUCCUUAAGCUAUAGAGGAUUAAUUAAAACUAAAAAAAUGUUGAAAGGUUUAAGGAUGUCACAUAUAUAAAACUUUAAAAAAAAAAAAAAAAAUUGUUGGAUUUAGUUCCAAUGAAUAAAGCGGUAACUAGAACCGUCCGUGUCAUGGCUUUGUAUGCCAAAGUAAGGCAAAGGGUACGUGACAUAUUUUUGUUUGUUCAAGUGUUCCAUGUAUUUGUACGAGUGAUUUUACUAUUCCCCAAUGGAUGGGAGGCUUUGUGGCUUGGAGUUAUCCAAGUGAAAUCAGUUGAAUUGUAAGCAUUUGGUUUAAGUUUUUCUUUA